ACUUAGACCAAAAAAAAUUGUCUCUAGCCCAACGAACUUCUUUACUUCCCUUCCAUAAUUCUCUCAAGUUUUUUAUUACACCACUUUCCAAUACCCUUUCUUUUCCUUGGUUUCUGGUAACCAAGUUUAGCCAUAACUUUCAGGGUUUUAUAGUCUUACUGCAACAAAAACACGAAAAAAACAUGGAUCUUGAAAACGGAACCGUUCGAUAUGAAGAGGAAUAUAUCUUGAAUUCUGGAGGACUAAAGCUUUUCACAUGCAAAUGGAUGCCAGUGAAUGAAGAACCGAAAGCUUUAAUCUUCAUCUGCCAUGGUUAUGCCAUGGAAUGCAGCAUCACUAUGAACAGUACUGCGAUUCGGCUGGUGAAAGCAGGAUUUGCAGUUUAUGGAAUAGAUUAUGAAGGCCAUGGAAAGUCAUCAGGGCUGCGGGGUUAUAUGUCAAAUUUCAACAAUAUUGUUGAUGAUUGCUCAAAUUUUUUCACAGAAAUAUGUGAGAAAAAGGAGAACAAAAAGAAGAUGAGAUUUUUGUUAGGGGAAUCCAUGGGUGGAGCUGUAGUGUUGCUGCUUCAUAGAAAAAAGCCAGAAUAUUGGGAUGGGGCGAUCUUGGUUGCACCAAUGUGUAAGAUUGCAGAUGAUAUGAAACCACAUCCACUAGUCAUAAGUGCUUUACGAAAGCUUAACAAAUAUAUUCCAACCUGGAGAAUAAUUCCAAGUCUAGAUGUCAUUGAUGCUGCCUUUAAACAGCCUGAGAUAAGAGCACAGGUUAGAGCAAACCCAUAUUGCUACAAAGGACGUCUUCGUUUGAACACAGGCAAUCAACUUCUAAAUACCAGCAUUGAGCUUGAACAAAGGCUUCGUGAGGUUUCAUUACCAUUUCUAGUUCUCCAUGGAGGAGAUGAUAAAGUAACAGAUAAAGCUGUGAGCCAAACACUCUAUGAUGUGGCAGCAAGUUCAGACAAGAGUUUCAAGCUGUAUCCUGGAAUGUGGCAUGGCCUGCUAUAUGGGGAAACACCAGAAAACAUUGAGAUUGUAUUUGCAGAUAUCAUCAGCUGGUUAAAUCCGAGAAGUGAAUCAGGAAAUUCAAGGUUGGAGAGGGAAUUGAAGCAUCAAAAUGAUAAGUUGUUGAAUUCAAAAGACAGUGGAAGACAUCAAUAAUUAUGCAUACUCUCAAGGUUCCUUUUGUUCAGCAAAUAACAAUGACAUGAUGUAAAUUUUUUAAGGGAAAAAUAAUUUUAUGCGAUAUUACUUCAAUCAGUGGAGAGAGUUUUAGCUUUAGCCUGAUAAGCCCAGGGAUGAGAUCAAGCUAUACAAGCCUGAAAAUGUGUAAAAAGUGAAAAAAAUUGUUGUUGCAACCAUUGGUUUUUGAAAUUAAGGGUUUUUUUUUUCGAUAUUUGAAGUUGACAAGAUUUAAAUUCUGAUCAUAA